AUGGGGCAGCGCGCCACGGUCCGCCUCGCCAAGGAGUUGGCGAUUGUUGAUGACUCUGAGCAGCGCGUCGACGCGGCAGCUGCCGCGCUGGUGCUGCACUUCCAGGAGCCUCUCGCGGACACCGACAUCGACGGCCUGGCGAUCCUGACAAGGGUCGACCGGGAUGCCAUCCACCACGCCGCCGCCCAGGCUGCAGAAUCCGGAGCCGCCAUUCCUGUUUCGCCGUCGAAUCUUCCGAGUUUGCUUGGUUUACCUAUGAUUGACGGCCUUUGCCUCAUCUUGUGCUGGAACGUGCACGGCUUGAACACUUCUGCUUGUCGUGAGGCCGUUUGCGAGCUGGCCUCGGCGGCCAAGGCAGGAAUCUUGUGUCUUCAGGAGACGAAGCUCCACCACAUCGGCGCUGCGCUGGCUCGUGACAUUGCCGGUCCUCUGAGGCCAGCCUGCGCUUUCCUUCCGGCGGAUGGAACCCGCGGCGGCAUCGCCAUCUUCUGGAAUCCCUACAUCGUCGACGUCAACAACUUCCCCUACCAGCGCUUCUCGAUCUCGGCCACCGCACUGUGCACCGCUCACUCGGAUCACUGCCCUCUCCUCCUCACAAACUUCUCGCUGCCGCCGCAAAAAGCCCGUUUUCGUUUUGAGAACUUCUGGCCCAGGCAUCAGGGCCUCCUCGAGGUCGUGUCCACGGCUUGGAACGAGUUGGCUCUGCCCCGCAACCCCCUCGCUCGUCUCUGUGUCAAGUUUGAUUGGGCUGCGUGCAGCCUGGGCGUCUGGAGCGGCCUCUUCGGCGACGCCCGACAGCAGCUCCACCUUGCCGCCGAGAUCGUCCUUCGCCUCAAUGAAGCCCAGGACCACCAGCCUCUUUCCCCCUUGGAGUUCUACUUCCGCAAAGCCCUCAAGAUCCGCGUCCUCGGUCUUGCGGCGGUGGAACGUGCUCGGCGGCGGCAAGCAUCCCGGCACGUCUGGCUCAAAGAAGGAGAUGCCAACACCCGAUUUUUUCACGUCAAGAUCAAUGUUCGUAGGGGGAAAAACUUCCUGCACCAGAUCGGCACUCCAUCCGACAUCCAUGUCUCCAACGAGGACAAAGCAACUGCUCUCUUUCAGCACUUCGACGAUUCUCUCGGCAGGACGGCUCCCCGCACACAUACACUUGCAUGGCAGGAUCUCCACCUCCCUCGUCUUCCUCUCGCCGGCAUCGACAACCCGUUCUCGCUAUCUGAAAUUUGGGAGGCCGUCAAAGCUUCGCCGACUGAAAAAGCGCCGGGCCCGGAUGGCUUUACCGGAACGUUCUAUCGGCGCUGCUGGUCCGUGAUCAAAUUCGACAUUCUUGCGGCCUUUCACCAUCUUCACCGUCUCGCCGGUGGCAACCUCGACGCCCUGAACACAGCCCUCAUCUGUCUCAUCCCCAAGCGUGACCAAGUUGUCACCAUUGGUGACCUCCGCCCCAUUAGCCUCAUCCACUCCUUCGCCAAGCUGUUCGCCAAAGUGCUCGCCCGUCGCCUAACUCCCCUCAUGGGCGAUCUCAUAUCACAUGCGCAGAGUGCCUUCAUCAAAACCAGGUGCAUCCACGACAACUUCCUCUUCGUCCGCAACGCCGCCUGUGCUCUCCACCGCGCUAAGAAGCUUGCUCUCCUCAUCAAGCUUGACUUUGCAAAAGCUUUUGAAUCCGUUUCCUGGGAAUAUUUGUUGGAGCUUAUGUUUCACUUGGGUUUUCCGACGCGCUGGCGCGACUGGAUUUCGAUGCUCUUCUCUUCGGCGUCCUCCUCCGUCAUCCUCAAUGGUAGCACUGGCGAUAAAUUCUUCCACCGCCGAGGCCUUCGACAGGGCGUCCCAUUGUCACCGCUUCUUUUCAUUCUUGACAUUGACCCCUUGCAACGAAUCCUGCUUCGCGCCACCGAGAUGGGCGCCCUUUCUUCACUCCCCCUGCAAUGCGUCUCUCUCCGAGCAAGCCUCUAUGCUGACGACGCAAUAGUCUUCAUAAACCCCUCGCGCCCCGACCUUCAAAUGCUUCUCUCCAUCCUGGACGCAUUCGGCACAGCCACCGGCCUCCGCGUCAACUUGGCCAAGUGCUCAAUCGCUCUGAUUCGCUGCACCAACAUCGACCUCGACGACGUCCUUCAGCCCUUCCUUGGUGAGCACGUCGACUUCCCCAUUCGCUACCUUGGUCUCCCUCUCUCCCUAUGCCGGCUGCGGCUGGCCCACGUGCAGCCCAUCCUCGACAGGGCCCGCACCAGGUUGGCAGGCUGGCGUGGCAAGUGGAUCAACGCCGACAGACGACGGGCGCUGGUGUCAUCUGUUCUUAGCUCUCUUCCUAUCUACGCGAUGACCGCCCUCCGGCUGCCAAGAUGCUUCAUCUCCGCUCUGGACAAGGUGCGCCGCAGGUUCAUCUGGGGCAUUGACGAGGAGGAAGCUGCUGGAGGAAAAUGCAAGGUCAGUUGGGGCAAGGUGUGCUCCCCCCUUGACAAUGGAGGCCUUGGCCUGCUCAAUCUUGAUAUUUUUGGCCGUGCCCUUCGUCUUCGCUGGCUUUGGUUCGAGUGGACUGCUCCCACCCGACCUUGGGUUGGCAUGCCCACCCCCUGCGACAACCAGGAACACGCUCUCUUCACCGCGGUUACCGUGGCAUCCAUCGGAGACGGUCUAAUGGCCAGCUUCUGGGACUCCAAUUGGAUUGGAGGCGCCCCGCUCCGCAUUUCCUUCCCGCUCCUCUUCGCCCGCUCGCGCCGCAAGGGUCGCCGGGUUGCACAUGCGAUCACUGGCCACCAAUGGAUCGCCGACCUGCGCAAUGACAACACCACGCAGUUCGUGUCCCAAUUCCUCGCAGCCUGGCACCUCUUAGCGCAGGCCCCUCCACUGCUCGCUAACACACCGGACUCGAUUCGCUGGACCCCCUCCCCCAACGGCGUCUACUCUACCAAAUCCGCCUACCUGCUCCACUUCAUUGGCCGCUCGAAAUCUGACCUUCCUAGCUUCGUUUGGCGGCAGUGGACCCCUCCCAAGCAGAAAUUCUUCGCGUGGCUUCUAUUGCAAGACCAGCUGUGGUGUGUGGAUCGCCUCCAACGUCGCUGCUGGCCAAACUGCUAUUUCUGCCCCCUUUGCCAACGGAAUCUGGAAACUUCGCUUCACCUCUUCAUCGAAUGCCCCUUCUCUCAUCAAGUUUGGUGUAAUCUAGCAGCCUGGCAAAAUUGUAAUGGCAUUGCGGGCGCCCUUAGGGCUGAUCACCGAGCCCUCACCGACUUCCUCAGAUGCAUUCUUGACCUCUCCGCCGACGGCCACAAGAAGGGAGUCAACUCGCUCUUCAUUCUCACCUGCUGGACCAUUUGGCAUGAACGAAUUAACCGAAUAAAGAAGUCUCAGGCAGGCAGCUACUGGUCUUCAUCAAAGACGCGGCUCAAGAUUGGGCCUUCGCCGGCGCCAAAGCCCUGA